CCAAGAUGGCGGCGGCCGUGUUCCGGCUUGCGCUGCGGAGCUGGACAACCGGCGUCCCGCGGGCCUGCGGGCUACGGCACCUGUGCCAAAUCCAGGGGCCUCCUGACUACCCCAGUUUCGUGGAAUCUGUGGACGAAUACCACUUUGUGGAGCGCCUGUUACCGCCUACCAGCAUCCCAGACCCUCCAAAGCAUGAACACUAUCCCACUCCCAGUGGCUGGCAGCCCCCGCAAGACCCCCCACCGAACCUUCCUUAUUUUGUGCGGCGCUCUCGGAUGCACAACAUCCCAGUGUACACAGACAUCACCCAUGGGAACCGCCAGAUGACCGUGAUCCGGAAGGUGGAGGGGGACAUCUGGGCCCUGCAGAAGGACGUGGAGGAGUUUUUGAAGCCCCUGCUGGGGAAGGUGCCCAUCACUCAGGUCAAUGAGGUGACAGGUGCCCUGCGGAUCAAGGGUUACUUCGACCAGCCGCUCAAAGCCUGGCUCCUUGAGAAGGGCUUCUGACGUCUUCUGCACGGCGGAGGGGUGCUGGGGCCGGGAGACCAGGGGCAAGGCGGAGGGGUGCUGGGGCCGGGAGACCAGGGGCAAGGCGGAGGGGUGCUGGGCCCGGGAGACCAGGGGCAAGGACAUGGGCAGAGUUGGGGGGUGAAGGGGCUCGGGAUCAGGCCUUGCUAAAGGGAGAACGGGAGCCUCUGCUCUGGCAGCAGGGCCGGGGGGGACUAGCGACACUGGAGACCUGCCAAGACAGCUAAGUACGGGGGAGUGUGAAGUAUCCCUGCCCCCAUCGGGGCUGUUUGUGCUUUUACGUCACGGCUUGGCUGAGGGUGCUCAAGACAGGCCAACUGGGUGCAUCCUACCAGAAAACAUAGGGAACUCAGACAUGCGCCCAGAGGGUUGAGUCCAAGGGUCCCCCAGGUAUGGAGGUGGGAGGCCCAGACCCGGGGUAGGGGUGCGGGUGCGGGGUUGUUGCAGGCAGAUGGUCCUCUGCCUGUGCUCUCCCACCCCAUCCCUUGAAGGUACCCAAGGCUUGAGUUCCAUCCCCACAUCCAACUAGCUAAGCAGGACCCAGCUCCCCGUCUCUCCUGCUGGAUUGCCGACCAAUGGCAAGGCACUUCAUCUCCCUGGAUUUGGCCUCUGCUUGCGGAACACAGGGCCAUCUCCCAAGGGAUUUAAUGGUGGACCAGUCCAAGGACGGCGCCAUGCCCACGCUUCCCUCCCAAGCACUUCAAACCGACCUCCAGUCUCCGCACGGCAUUAGCCCACCACACUGAUCCCAGGACUCCAGGCCUACCAGUUGUUAAUGCUAGGUUUUAUUUGGCUGUAUAUACAAUUUAAGCUAUUAAAAUUUGUACAGUAUUUACAAAUUAAAUAAUCAUUUGAAACUC